CUCUGUGGGCUCUCCUAGUCUGCUGUUCUCAAUCUCCUGCUUCCUCUCCUACCCAGAUCAAUGCCUCAAACUCUGCCCUCUGCCUUCUCCUUCCUCUCCUGCCUGUCCCUAGGAGCCCGUUCACUUGCAGUGCUCCAACUUGGGCAGAUGGUUCCCAACCUUGCCCUUCGUGUGCCAGCAUCCUGGUGAGAGUCAUGGAGCAGCACGACAUGAUUUUGGAACAGUGAUGACCUAUUGCCCAGACCCUGGACAAAAAGUUUCCUGAAUGAGGCCUGAAAUCUUGAUACCCACAGAUAUUAUAUGACAAAAAAUAAGUGCCUCAGUUUUCCGGUGACAUUUAGAAGUAGAUGGUCUCUGCUUCUCAUCUCAUUGACCUGGGAACCGUGUUGGGUACCGAGGAGGAAGCAAAGAUGAAUAGCAUCAGCCGGAGGGAGACACGACACGAACCCAGUAACUAGGCUGUAAAGCAGAAUGGGGCAUCCUAAUUUAGAAAAGUAACUAUUGUGGAUCUCUUUUCACCUGUGCCAAGUCACUUGUCUGCAGAGGAUUCGCGACCCUGUGAAAUCGCUCCUAUUGCCUCUCCUCGCAUCUUCGAUGAGCUCCUCUGCCACCAGCACUGCAUUUGGAAUGGCAUCUACUGUAUUCAGAAGACACCCCGCGUCUCCCUUCUCGAAUUUCUCUUGGUUCUUGUCAGUUGAUUCGUAGCCUGAAAUGCAUGGUCAUGGAGGCUAUGACUCUGAUUUUAGUGAUGAUGAACACUGUGGAGAAUCUAGCAAAAGGAAAAAAAAGACAGUUGAAGAUGAUUUACUGCUCAAAAAGCCAUUUCAGAAAGAAAAACAUGGAAAGGUGGUCCAUAAGCAAGUUGCAGCAGAAUUGCUGGAUAGGGAAGAAGCAAGAAAUAGAAGGUUUCAUCUCAUAGCUAUGGAUGCUUAUCAAAGGCAUACAAAGUUUGUAAAUGACUAUAUUUUAUACUAUGGUGGCAAAAAAGAAGACUUCAGGCGAUUGGGGGAAAAUGACAAGAUAGACAUGGACAUUAUACGAGAAAAUCACAGAUUCCUAUGGAAUGAGGAGGAUGAAAUGGACAUGAAUUGGGAGAAGAGACUUGCAAAGAAAUACUAUGAUAAAUUAUUCAAGGAAUACUGCGUAGCAGAUCUCACCAGAUACAAAGAAAAUAAGUUUGGAUUUAGGUGGCGAGUAGAAAAAGAAGUAAUUUCAGGGAAAGGCCAGUUUUGCUGUGGAAAUAAAUGUUGUGAUAAAAAAGAAGGCUUAAAGAGUUGGGAAGUUAAUUUUGGUUAUAUUGAGCAUGGUGAAAAGAGAAAUGCGCUUGUUAAAUUAAGAUUAUGCCAAGAAUGUUCCUUUAAAUUAAAUUUUCAUCACAGGAGAAAAGAAGUCAAGUCAAAAAAAAGAAAGGAUAAAGCCAGAAAAGAUUGUGAAGAGUCAUCACAUAAAAAAUCCAGAUUAUCUUCUGUAGAAGAGUCCUCUAAGAAAAAGGAUAAAGGAAGCUCUGAUGAGGAAGGAAGUACUUCAGAAUCUGAACUUUGGAAGGGCCCACUGCCAGAGACAGAUGAAAAAUCACAGGAAGAAGAAUUUGAUGAAUAUUUUCAAGGUUUAUUUCUGUGAGAUGGAAGAGGGAUGCGUACAUUCCUUAAUGUGAAAGUAUACUUUGAAACUCUUCACAAAAUUUUGUCUACAAGUUGCAACUUGAGUGGUUUGUCUUUGGAAAUAAAAAUCCAGCUACUCUCAGGAUGUCA